UGCAUGAGUUUUUCUAUAAAGUGUAAGAGAAUAAAAAAAACGUGUUCUAUACGGAGUAUUGAGAAAAUACUGAAACAAAUGUACGCGUUUUUGUAAAGUGAAGCUCUUCUAAUUCUAAAUCCUCAAGCUGGAACUCCGUGUAUAUAUAGCUAGCUGCUGAAUUCAUGAAACAUUCUUAAUAUAUAUUUUCAUUAAUUAACAAUAAUAUAUUGGUGAUUAAGAAAUUAAUACGGUCGGGAUUUAGAUUAAUCGGCAAAAAUGGGGUACCAAAACGUCAUCGUAAUGAGGCAUGGACACCGUCUUGAUACCGUCGACAAGAGCUGGACUAGCGACAACAAGAACAACCGUCCCUGGGACCCGCCGAUAUGCGUCACUGAGGAACCAAACUUGUUUUCCGAUGCGGCGGAGAGUAUCCAGGAUGGUGUUGGAGCCCCGAUCGACCGCGUUAUUGUCUCCCCUUUCCUCCGCUGUCUACAGACUGCUUCAAACACCGUCGAAGCCCUCUUGAAAUUGUACAACGAUCCCGACGUAGAGAUUAAGGUUUCUUAGCUUCUCCCUAAUAAUUUCACAUAAUUUGGUCAAAGAGCUCGUUUUAUCUUCGAGAAAAGUUUUCUCUCGUUCGAAAUACUUUCUUGAUGAAGACAGGGCUCAUGCGUCUCUGACUAUUUUAUUUUCCUAACGUCUUUUGCAGGGACGGGCGUAUGUAGUACAAGUAUUAUAUUGAAAUAAUCAGAAAAAAUUAGGUCAAAAUUACAAGCCUCCAUUUGAGUUACUUUCGCGUAGAUUUUUUUGAUGAAAUUUUGUAAACAUGUAUUUCAUGAUGAAGUGUAGAUUAUGUCCACCGAAUUUCAGUUUAAUUUUCAAUCAGAAAGUAAAUUAAAUAAACUAUGAAAAACAUUGCAUAUUUUAUAUAUAUUUUGGUUCAGUGUUUUUUAAUAAUUUAUUUAACUGACUUGCCGAUUUAAUUUUAAACUGAAAUUUGGCGUAAAUAAUCUACACAGAACAUUGUCACAAAAUUUUAUCAAAAAAUCCACCCGAAAGCACCUCAAACAUAGGCAUCUGGACGAAGAAUCUCGUCAGUUAUUUUUGACAGGAUCAUUCCUGAAGAAAUAAUUACAUAUAUAUGAUUGAAAAUAUGACAAAAUUGUUUUACUCCUCAAAUAGAUCUGAUUAAUUCUAUCAAGAAUAAUUUGAUUAAAACUUGCCAAAAUAGUAGUGAAUAAGUCCUAUUUUGAGAAUAAAACAAUACGGAGUAUAAUAACCCUAUUUAUGAACUUUAUUUUUUUUAGUCAUAUUUUAAGGAUUUUUUUAUUGGUCUCCUAUGACUAAAUCCUGGUUCCGCCUAGGAUCUUUUGCAAGUUCAUCCGGCCACAUUUUAUCAACGGAGUAUAUUAUUUGGUUACUUUCAGCUCACACUGUAUAGUAAAACCUAACUGUGAUCGAAAAUUAAACCUUAUAUAAGAAUCGAACCAUUAACUAUCUUUAAUUAAUUUCCUUCUUUAGUUAAUUCAUAUAUCACACUUUGUAUAUGCGUCUCAUCAGGUUUGUAUUGAGUUUGGAUUAGCAGAAGUUAUGAACGACAAAGUCAUAAAAACGCCGCCUCGCGAUGAAGAUUUUGGAUUUGAUAUCUCAGAGUGUGAAGUUGACUUCCCAUCACAAACCGUAUACCUAGAUCCCGAGACUUAUGAACAAGUUUAUCAGCAGCUGCCAGGGUGGGGAGAAGCGAGAGAAGCUGCAUAUGGUAGGUAUAGGAACGUUGUACGCGCCCUUGCCGAUAAAUAUCCUAGUGAGAACCUGCUUAUUGUCACGCAUGCUCUAGGAGUAGAAAGUUUGACAUCUCAACACAAGGAGACACCAGCGGGGAAAGUUGCAUGGGUGGAAGUUGGUGGGUAUGCACACUUAAGGAGGUCACGUGGCAAAAACAAUGAUGACUUCGAACUCCCAAAUCUAUUUCGUGUUGAUUUUCGGCACAAGCCGCAGGCCACACGAAGGGAGUUACAUAGUGUGCCACAUUUUGAGGCACAAAAUGAGACAAGUAGUAGGGGUUGCUGCUUCCAAGUGUGUGUAUCAAUAUUAUCUAAGUUUGGUCUGGUCGUGUCUAUCCUUGCUUGGAUUGCUUUGGCCGGUUCAAUUUUGUACUGGUCCGGUGUACUUGAUAAAUAUCUGGUCUGGGCUCGUCAUUUCGGAUCUAAUCUCAUCUCAUGAUCAAUCUCAUUUGGUAUAUCACUCAAAUAAGUUUAAGUGAUCGAAAAAGUUUGAGGUGAUCCGACUUUGAUUAAUCCGGGCUAACAAAGUUGAGUUCAACAUAACACGUCUUGUAUUUUAUGUAUUCUUCACAUUACUUGUGUCGUUGUAUGUUUGAGUAAUUAAAACAUUUUUCUAAUUGUCAUUUUGCAAUCGUCAAGAAAAUUGUGUUAAUUUUAUAUAAGGGAAAACUGUCAAAUAGGUCCUCGAACUUUCACAAAAAAGUCAAUUAAGUCCUUCUAUAGGAGACUUUGCCUGGUCGUCGC